AUGGCCCCCAAGCCCGCCUCCACUGCCGGCAAGGCUCCCGCUUCCACCGCCUCCAAGGCCCCUGCAAAGACCACGUCUGAGGCUGGCUCUAAGGCGUCGAAGAAGACAACAAAGGCUUCGAGCGGCGCGGCUGACGGCGAGAAGAAGAAGCGCAGGAAGAGCCGCAAGGAGACUUACUCCUCCUACAUUUACAAGGUGCUCAAGCAGGUGCACCCCGACACCGGUAUCUCCAACAAGGCGAUGGCCAUCCUCAACUCCUUUGUCAACGACAUCUUCGAGCGCAUCGCGACUGAGGCUUCCAAGCUCGCGUCGUACUCCAAGAAGUCGACUAUCUCUUCGCGCGAGAUCCAGACUGCUGUUCGUCUUAUCCUUCCUGGUGAACUCGCCAAGCACGCUAUCUCAGAAGGGACCAAGUCGGUAACAAAAUUCUCGAGCGCGGGUGCGAAGUAG